GCGCUCUCUUAUCUAAAGACUUGAAUACCGUGCGACUGGUCCCUGGUUCCAAAUUUAUUUGCGAACUGAGCCAAGUGAAGGGAAAAAAAACAGUUCAAAAAGCGGGGAAUGUGAAAUAAAAACAUGUCAAAUCCACUUUUCACGUUCAGACCUACGAAAGAUAAAUUACAGCCGUUCGAGAAACGUUUUUCGAAACGAGAAACUACUGUCAGAAAGUGGACAUUUGUACGGGAUUCAGAAUCAGUCUCUGAGACCAAUGUAAGAAGAGACAAUCUUAGAUCGAAUGCAUCAACCAGAUUGAGCAGUGCAUCACUUAGUAAUCUUAAAAGAAAAAGUUCCAUACCAGCCAUCUUAGAAGGAGUGAGUCUACCAUCAGGCACACCAGAAGGUAGUGAAAAUGGAAGUGAUUUGAACUCUGACCUAAGUCCCUAUUCUCAGACAAGAGGAAGUGAUAUAUUGACACAUGCAUCCCUACGAUCAAGAACCAAACAGAAAGUACACAUUGAUUCAGAUGAUAAUGUAUCAUCAAGUUCAGAGGUCAAGACUACAGGGUCAGAUCAAGGAACAAUCACCUCUACUCUCGACUCAACCAAAGAAAGUUCUACUUAAAGUGUUAGAAGAUCAACAAGAAAAAAAACGAAACAGGUUUAUACCGAAGCUAUUUGUGAAAUUCCAAGAAAUUUACCAAAACAUGAAGGUAAAGCUUCAAAAAAUGUGCAUGCUGUCAGAAAUUCAACGGUGUUAAAUGACAUGUCCAGUGAUUCAACUUUGUAUAGCCAAACCAAGGAAGUGACAAGCAGACGAUCUCCAAGAAAAAGGCCGUUUCAAUCAGUUCUCAAUAGCAGUGUCAAUAAUAAUUCUGUUUUGUCAACAAAAAUUUCUUCGGCAAAAAUGGUGGGUGUUGAUGUUUCAGAAAAAAGUUUAAGAAUAGAAUUAGAAUGCAAA